AUGCAGAUUAUGGCCGAGACAGGGUCGUACUCAUACGCUGCGUCGUCUGCUACGUCGUCGGCGGUGUCAGCGAUGUCGGUCGAAAAGCCCGACGGACUGGUCCUCGACAGGGACAACCUCUCGCCCGAGCUGCUCAAGAUUCUGGACGAGGUCGAUCGCGACGGUGACGGCGAUGUCGACAUCAACGAGCUGUUGAUGGCGUUCCAGGAGAUGCACCAUGCGCGCAAGUCGAACAAGCGGCUGGUGCGGAUCCUCAUCGUGGGCGCCGUGCUGUUUGCGCUCACUCUUGGAGCGAUUUUCGCGCUCUCGGACACCAACAUCGAGUCGUCUUCGGGCGGGUCCGAGUAUGCGUCGACGGUGCGGACGGCAAGCGUGACGCCCGGGAUCUCAGUGGGCACGGUCGACGACCCGCCGGAGGACGACGAUGCGUCGCGGGCACUGCGGGCGCGUGCGCGUGAGGUCGAAGGCCGGACGUCCGAGGUCGACACGGCGGAUCUGAGCGUGCUUUGCGAGAGCGCGGAGACCGAGGUGACCGAUGACUUUACCUUUGACACGGCGCUGGUCUUCCCGCGCCCAGACUCUGUGGAAAACAUCCGAACCAACCCGACCGCACCAUUCUCGCUCUCGCUUCCGGGCCAGGCCUCGACGCAGAUCAUGCGAUUCCGGAUCACGGGCAUAUCGUCAUUUGACAACAACACGUUUGACUCGAUCCCGGAGGAGACCGAGCUCGAUGUGACCGACCUUGUGGUUGACGGCGACGCCGAGGCUGCGGCGCGGCUCUGCUGCGACCACGCCAACUGUGCGUACGCGGUCGGCGAGUCGAUCAUCGAGAUGGAGGACGACUCGACGUACGUCAACGGGACGGCAGUCGACCCGCCGAGCGCGGGCGAGCUUGACGAGGCCGCUUCGCGGUGGGUCAUGAACCGAUACGGCGAGAUGGUGGAGCCUGGGCGCGAGCACGAGGCUGCCACCGAGCGCGCAAUUGGUGCGCGAGUGACGAUCUCGACUGGACUGCAGCGCUAUCUGACGGGGCGCUGCACUCGCCGAGUCUGCUACGUGCGCGGCCUGAUGCAGGGCAGCGGCGUGCUGCGGCCGCGUGGAGUGACGGUGUACUCGCCGAACGCAGCAAAGACGACGUACGCGUCAGUCAAGCCGAUGCGGGUCCGGCCCCGCACCCUUGUUGUGUGCCCGGUCAACGGUGCCGUUGAUCAGAACAACCGCCCGCAGAACGACCUCAACAACAACCUGCAUCUCCUCAUCAAGUCAUCAGUUGCCCGCUACGCCACAAUCUACGAGCGGCGCGGCUAUUCCCAGCGGGCCAGCUACGCACGCGCCAUCGCGAACCGGGCGUCGGCGGCUCUCGCCCAGGCGCUGUCGUCGUCGACGGCCGAGUGCCCGAGCGGCCACCGCAUGACGGUGUGGCGGACGUUCACCGGGUACCGCAUGGCGAUCCGCGACAACAAGGGCCAGUUCCUGUACAACCCGCUCCAUUGGGGCGACACGACGCCUGUCACGUACUGCUACUGCACGGUGACAAAGGCUGACAGUGCGGCUCGUAAGAGCGCCCUCCUGAAGAAGAUCGAGGCGAACAAGAAGCUCACGGAUGCCCGGCGUCGUCGCCAGAUCGAGCGUGCGAAGAAGCUGAGAGCCAACCGCAACCGUCUCCGCGCCCAGAGCGCGGCGAAGAGGCGUGCGGCUCAGCGCAAGGCGCUUGCCGCCCGCCGGCGCGCUCGCCAGCAGGACCAGUGCCGCAAGUAG